AUGUCCGCCAAAAAGGAAUUCAUCUGCCUCGUCCCCGACAAGCCGGACGCGCUGCAGAAGCGUCUGGAAGUCCGCAAUCAACACCUUGAAGGGGUAAAGCCUCUUGUCCAGAAUGGCUCAAUCGUCUGCGGCGGUGGAACGUUGGAUUCUCACCCCGUCCCGGGCGAGACCCCUCCCUUUAACGGGAGCGCUUUGAUCGUUGUCGCCGAGAAUGAGGCCGAGGUGAGGGAGUUGAUCAGUAAGGAUAUCUAUACGCGAAGUGGUGUGUGGGACGUUGAGAAGGCGCAGGUUAUUCCGUUUAUGUGUGCCGUUAGAGUUGGGGACAAGGCUCUUCCUUAG